AUGAUUCAGACCAUAGGAAGGCGUCGAAAUUGUGGAGUGGGCAGGCAGUGUGUGGUGAUGGAGGUGGUAAUACUGAAGGCAAGAGCCCAACUGAAUCGACUCGUGCCUGGGCGCGAGGGCGCGGAGGCUGUUGAAAAGCCGGUAGGCGGCGAGUCGCGCGUGCGCGGGGCCACGCGGGCGGCGGCGGGUCGCGCGCGCAGCAUGGCGGCCGCACCAGGCGCGCCGCCCGCGCCGUCCGCCGCCUCGUGGCUCAACGCCAGCCUCGCCUACAACGCCUCGCGCCUCAACCUUUCCCUGGACACAGAGUUCGACUUGCUCAAUGCCAACGCCACAGAUGAACACGACAACCACUGGUUCUGCGCAAAAUGGACCAGCGCGCAGCAGGACCUCUUCCAGGCGGCGAACCUAUGCUUCGCGAUCGCAUUCCUGGCUCCGAAGAGCUUCAAGCAGAGCAUCCUGGUGCUGCGCGCGCUGGCGGCGGCGGGCGCCGUGCUGAUGGCCAUGUGGGCCGGCGCUGAGGUCUGCGCCCCCGACGUGCUCGUCUGGAGCCUCGCGCUCGUUUUCGUUAACUCUAUACACACUGUCUUCUUAAUCAUAAGGUUUCUACCGCCAGCUCUAUCGCUAGAGUUGACCGAACUGUACCUGAAGCUGUUCAAGCCGCUGAAGGUGAACAAGAAGCACUUCCAGGAGUUGACCCGGGAAGCCAGGGUCGUCCGCCUGGAGCCGGGGGAGGCGUACGCCGUGGAGGAGGUCACGCCGGCUGAUGAACGCCUCUCUAUACUACUCAAGGGAAAAAUGCGCGUGAGUUGCGACGAGACGCACCUACACUUCAUCCAGCCGUACCAGUUCGUGGACUCGCCCGAGUGGGAAGCCAACCGGGAGCAGUCUGACGAUGUCUUCCAGGUGACGGUGAUCGCAGAAGAAGUGUGCACGUGCAUCUGUUGGCCGCGCAUGCGCCUGGAACGAGUGCUGCGGCAUCGCCCCGCUCUCAAGGUCGUGCUAGACUGCCUUAUAGGCAAGGAUAUAACGCACAAAUUGUACUCAGUAAGCGAGGGUUUGGGCGCAGGCGCGGGCAACGACCGAGACGCGCUGCCGAGCCACCUGACGCGGUCGGCCAGCGUCGACGCAGUGCAUGAGGGCACCCGCGGUCGCCUGCGCAGCGUCGCUUGGCGAGCUCGCGCCUCCACACAUAAAGCGACGUCGUACUGGGCGCCCGUGACGGCGCGUCAGUUCCUGCGCCAGUCUCCGUUCUCACGGAGCAUGACGCAGCCGCCGCGGCUGCUGCAGCAGGCGUCGUCGGCCAGCCUGCAGCCGCCCGCGCUGCGCCGCAGCCCGCCGCGCCGCGCCACCUCGUUCCGGCGCGGUCGCGAGGUCAAGUUCGCGGAGGCCCCAACGACGCCGGAGCCCGCCGUGUGA